AUGCGCCGCGCAAACCAGCCGGCCAAGGCCUACCGCGCGCUCGAGGAGCCUCAGUCGACCCCGGGCCAUGAGUACACCAUCCUCAAGAUCAGCGAACCCAUUUACUCGGCCGUAUCAUCCUCCCACGAAAAGGACAACAACAACAACAGGAACAACAAUGAUAAGAAUAAGAACAAUGGCACUGCCGAAAACGCCGCAUCGCGCACCUCGGACGUCUCGACCGCCUCGCUCGACGCUCCGACGCCAGCCUCCCUCGAGGCCGACCUGGCCCACUACAAGGAGCUCUUCGCCAAGCUGCGCUUCUCCUACGUCGAGCAGGUUACCAAGGAGAAGUUCAUCCGGGCCAUCAUCGGCGACCCGCCGCUGAUCGUCUCCCCCCAGGAGAACGCCGAGCUCGAGGCGAGCAACGCGGCCGCCAAGGCCGCGCUCAAGGCCCUCAAGGCCGAGGUCGCCGCCAUGGUGGCCGACCUCGAGUCCCGCGGCCGCGACCUGGCGCGGCGCUACGAGGAGGUGCGCGCCGGCGCCGCGCUGGCCGCGGAGCUGCCGGGCAAGAUCGCCGCGCUGGAGGAGAAGGUCGCGGCCCUGCGCGCGGCGCAGCAGCUGCAGCUGCGGCUCGGCGGGGCGGAGGACGCCCGGCCCGAGAUGAACUUGCCGCUGGGGAAGACGCUGGCGCUGGUGGAGGAGCGGAGGCGGGAGCUGGCGAGGGUGGAGAGGCAGCUGGAGGUGCUGGGCGGCCAGGUGCCGAGGAAGAGGAAGGAGGUGGAGCGGCUGCGGGCGGAGGUGGCCGCGCUGGAGAACAGGAAGGCGAAUAGCGCGGCCGCGGCGAGGGAGGCUAAGAGGAGGAGGGAGAACGCGCAGGGUGGCGUCGAGGAUGAGCUCGAGGCGAGAGGGAGGUGGUACAGAGCUUCGGGGAUGGCGUUACGGCAGAUCUUGGAUCUGCAAGAGUGA